UUAAUCUUUGAUUUUUCCUCUUGGCCCGCUAGCGCCGCCCCGAUCGAGGAUUCAAAGCUUCGAUCAUCUCGUGUAGAUUUGGGUUUGGAUGGGAAAAGGAGGGCAGGAUGAAGGGAGGAGAAGCUCCGGGGAGAGUCCGGCGUCUGGGUUUCCGGCUUGGGCUCGGAGCGUGGCGGAAUGCGAGGAGGAGUUCAAGGUUUCGGUCAGUCAUGGUCUCAGUGCGGAGGAGGUUGCGCGGCGGCAGGGGAUCUAUGGGUUGAAUGAGCUUGAGAAGCAUUCGGGGCCUGCUAUCUGGCAGUUGGUGUUGGAACAGUUCAAUGAUACGCUUGUUCGGAUCCUGCUUGUUGCUGCUGUGGUUUCCUUUGUUCUUGCUUGGUAUGAUGGGGAUGAGGGUGGGGAGAUGGAGAUCACUGCGUUUGUUGAGCCGUUGGUGAUCUUUUUGAUUCUUAUUGUGAAUGCGAUUGUUGGGGUUUGGCAAGAGAACAACGCGGAGAAGGCUUUGGAAGCGCUUAAGGAGAUUCAAUCAGAGCAUGCGACGGUGAUGCGGGAUGGGAAGUUGAUUCCUGAUUUGCUUGCCAAGGAGCUCGUCCCGGGGGAUGUUGUGGAGCUUAGGGUUGGGGAUCGGGUUCCUGCUGAUAUGAGAAUUGUUCGGUUGAUUAGCUCGACGUUGAGGGUUGAGCAAGGGUCUCUCACUGGAGAGAGUACUGCUGUGAAUAAAACCAAUCGAAGGGCAUCAGAGAAGUUAAAAUGA